UGUGUGUGUGUGUGUGUGUGUGUGUGUGUGUGUGUGUGUGUGUGAAACAGAGAUGUAUAUCUAUACUUUAGGUAUUUUCUCAAAUAGCAAGUGCAUGCAUAUACUCGUAGCUGGAUAUUGAAAAUAAAUUGCCUUUUCUAUCCUGUAGCGUGUGGAAAUUUUUGGUGGAAUGAGACACAAGCAAAAAGCGUAUUUUAAUCGUUAUUGCGAUAGUCGGGACGAACGUGCAGUCACUGCAUGGCAGUCUAAUAGUAGCUUAUCGUCGCCAGUUUAUUUCGCCGUCGCGCGAUCACUCACACCUGUCUUGUGUCUGAAAUGCACUUGAUAUGCCUCUAGAAAUGGUAAUUUGUCGACGCGUAAUAAAACUAGCGUGCGGAACUUGUAAUAGAACUUGCGCGCGGUUUUUUCGCUCCGUUACGUCACGAAGGUCACUCUCGAGAGUGACGAGAGUGACCGCACGGAAGAUGGUAAACGGUCCGUUGCUGUUAGGCGCUUCUCUCGCGCACACCUUCUCGCCACCUCGAGGGAGUGUGUUCGCGCGUGCAAUCGCUGCAUCGCGACCUUGAUGGGCCGUUGCCCCAAGAUCUUUAUGGAGACAGGCGUUCCGUAUUUCUCUCCGGUCCAGGAGGCGCCACACCGCGCAACGGCCGAAUCCAUUCCCGCACGUUAGGUCCGCUGCUGUCGAAAAAUUAAAAAUAUGCCAUCUCACACGAGGGCGCGAGGCGGCAAACAUGGAGAAUGCCGAGAAGGUUCGUCAAAUCUUGUUUGAAAAAUAAAAUUAAAAGCACGUGCUCGCGUGGGGACAUGAAACACGUGGAAACGUAUGUAUAUGUGUAUACCGCUAAAGAUAAUUGUUUGAUUACGCGCCUGGUUACAUAGUCGUAGAUUUAUCAUCUAUUCUUACGUCAGUCACAGUACAAUCUUGGUUUUAAUUAAUUAAAAGAGUAACACUCUAAUUAAUUACCAACACAAUUGACAACACAAAUAUAGCACAACGCGUUUGCCACGGUAACGUCAUGUAAUAGAUAAUGAGACUAAACGACUUAAAGGAAACUUGAAAGCAGACGGGUUGAUAAAAUAAGUUGAACAAAGAAAUUAUAAAAAAUCAAGUAAUUUUUAGUUAGAUUUACGUAAGAUCGCGAAAUUAUUUCGUAUCUCAUGCCGACGCCUCUAUUACUAUCGGCAUUGACGUCGAGCGAGGAAGUUACGCGUCAAAUAUGCAUGCGAGCAGCAUCGCUUUCUCCAAAAGAACUCCUCUCCGUUGUGAGCGUGAAAGCGAGACUCACCCUUAGAAACUUAGAAUCCGCUAUGCGAUCCUCGCCGCUUCUCGCGUCACGCGUCGCACGUCGCACGUCGCACGUCGCACGUCGCACCUCGCACCUCGUACCUUGUUCUCCGAUAACGCAUUCUUGUAACGCGAGAAAUUUACGCGUAAAGCUGACGUGAACAUCAUCGUGUAUGCGUCGAGCGUUCAGUAAUUACCUAAUGUUGUCAAGCCGGAUCUCGACACUCGUGUGUAUCAUCUCGAAACUUUGCAUCAUCCACUUUUGUAUUUGAAAUCUCAUUGUCAGUGAAAUGCAACUAACAAGUUCUUAUGUAGAGUUGGCCGAGUUUCGCGCUUAGUAAUUUGUAGAAGAUUAUUAAAUCAUUAAUAAAAUUUAUAUUAAAAUAUUAAAUCAUUUAAUAAGAUAACAUAACAAUGCAAUAAAAAUCCAAGCUAAAAUAAACGAGAUAAUUCAACAUUGAUCUUACGUUAUGUAAAUACUUCGUAUAUGUUCGUCUUGCGUUUGUAGUCUGUUAUGUAAGACGGUCUUUAAGAAGCAAUGGUAUUAAGAGAAAUUAAUAGAAAUUUAUUCCGCAAAAUUGAAUAGCUGAUGCUAAAAGUCAAAUGAAACGUUUGAACAUAUCCGGAGGUGUUCAGUUUUAUUUAGAUAUUAAUAUACAAUAGAACGAUGCAAAUUAACUUAUCGCUUCAUAAUGCUUUACUUAUUGUUAGAAACCUGGUUGCAAUAUAGGACUAAGCCUGUUUCUUUUAUUUUAAUAACUUUAAAAGAAUUAUACAAGUCCAUCAUUUAUUUUCGAAAACAGUAUCUAUCUGUUCGAUCUCUGUCUUACGAUCGAGAGUCAUCAAAAGAGGAUACAUUUCAACGUUUGCGGCAAACGAAAAAGUAUACCUUUAAUGGAUCUUGAUUUGACGCAUGCAACUUGCAAAUCUAUUUCACCUUGUGUUCCACUGAGUGCUCGAUUUAAUUGUUAGCACGUGUAUUUAACGCCUUGCGCAAUUCUUAACCGACAUAUCCAAUUGCGGUCGCGCGAGAAAAAUUAAGAGAGCCAAAGAUAGAUCUUUGCACACCUUACACGGCGGUGAGAUCCCAUCCGCUCAUAAAGAGAAAUCAACGUACGCGUUUCUCCGUUCUGAAUAUCGUGUUUUUUUUUCCGGUUAUUACGAUUGGUAUCGUCCAAGUUGCACCACCUUAACGCGAAUGCAAAUUGUAUACAAAGCGUUUUCAUUUUCAAUAAAUUUUACUUGUAGUGCGAGUAAGUUGUUGACAUGAAAUCGCAUUUAAUUCUUUGAUGCAUGAUAUAAAAGACGAUUGAUUCUGUAAAUAUCGAUUUUCCUUCUUUUAUUAUUAUUUCAUUGCAAAAAAUGCCUUUAAAGUAAUCGCAUUUUUACGUUAUCACGAUACGUUUCUUUUCAAAUUUAAUUCGAUUUUUAUACUACGGUUUCAAUAUUUUAUCCUUUAAAUCACAUGUAACAAAUGUCAUUACACGCAGAUGUUUAUUAUCGACAGAAUAGAAUCGGUUUGGUUUAAUAUUCGCGAUUGUCGCGUAACACUUAGAUAUGUUAGAUUAGAAUGCAUUCUGUACAUUAAAGCAAAGCGAGCGAGGCAACCCGUUACGUUUGCGUUGAGAUGAGGCGUAGAUUGCAGGAAGGCCUGCAUCAGCGUUAAAGUGCAUUAUAGUGUCCUCGGUAGCGCUCGGUUGUCCUAAUUCGGUCGUCGUCAUCGUCGUCACGAAGUGGGCCCUGGCUGUCUACAGGACGUGCAAUUGCAUAACGGACUCAAUUGCGUGUCGGUCGGACUUAUUGUUAGACUGCGGCCCGAAAUUCGGUCACAUGCUGAUAGCGCUAAUAACGCCAAAGGUCGGCCGAAAUUAUAAGCGCGCUCAUGCACCAUUUAUUUCGGAACGCGCUAUGUGCGCGCUCAAAAUAAGAACGGUUCACGAUACUGAAGUCUUCUCGAUUAAAAUUUAAAAUAUUAAGUACUUUGUUAUUAUAAAUUAAAAUACAUAUUUCAAGAUUAAAGGAUCACAUAGUGCGACAGGCUUCGACAUUGUGUGUGUGUGUGUGUGUGUUAAAAUUCUUAUUUAUUACAUAUAUUUUCUAGCAAAUUCUAAAUAUAAAGUGAUACACAAACAACGAUUUAUUUUGGUACAAUUCAUUCGUCCGUAAGCAGUGACACUGACAAAAUCACAGUCUGAAGCGCUAUUACAACGUAACUAUUCAUAUUCGGUCCUCGAAACGACAAAGAGGACACGAUUAAGUAGAACAGGGAUUGAAUCAAUCCAGUGUUGUCCAGGCGGUUGGACGAAGAUCAGCGAGGGAAAAACGGGCAGGAUGACAACGAUACAAAGCUGCGGUGGUAGUUCGUCAAGAUGCGCGAGGCGUGCCUUCAUCUUCGUGUUCGCCUGGGGAUUGUUGAUGAUCGCAGCGGUGCAGUUCCGUCACUUGGAAAAUAGAAUUCUCCGUCAGGAUGGUGGCCCUACGGCCGAAGACAGCAUCGGUAACUUAGUAGAGAUCGAUGGCGUCAGCAACGAUCGAGGUGCGAGCCGGAGCUCUUCAGGGAGUUUAAGUCUGUCCCGAUAUCUUUUACAAAGGUCGUCACUAGGUGAUCUCACCAAUUCUGGAGGAAAUAGCGUCCUGCUAACCACUCUGACCACUCUCAGAAACCAUUUGGAAGCGACGAUAAGCCCGCUCGAACUGGAGCCUUUGCUGGACAAAAGACCGGCCAAGACCGAGCAGCAAUUAAUCGAGGAGAUCGCCGAAAGAAUACCGAGUUUACCGCUGAGUGAUUGGUCCAAAAGCAGUAAACUGAUAAAACGAGGCAACGAGAGUUGCGCGAGAUACCCGCAGAUCUACGAUCUGGAAUUUAAUAAUAUCUAUUGGCAAACGUUGCGAACUAGCAACGGCACGUUCCAAUUUUUCGGCGCGUUUUACGACAAUCGAAAAUUAUCCAAGAUCGGACUGGCGGUAAGAAUCGUUGGCAUGAUCGAUCGGAUUGAACCGAUCGUGAAGACGUAUUGUCAGUUAUGGUACGAAGGCGAGAGUGAGCCCAAGAUCGUUGAGACGCUCGAAUACAAGUACAUUUGGUAUCCUAAAUGGGGCAAUUACAAGCAAGGUAUCUAUCAGCCAUAUGUGAUAGCGUGUAGGGUACCGCCGCAAGCAUACGGUAAGCCACCGUCGUCCGUUUCAAUAGUGGAGAGGCGUUGCGAUACGGCCACCAACCAUCUUCGAGUGAUUUAUAACAAGCCCGAACGUAAGAAGGACUUUGCGGUGUGCGUAAAGGGUCUGGACUUUCUGCACGAGGAUCUGUCGGUUCGACUGGUCGAAUGGAUCGAGCUGAUCACCCUGCUAGGUGCCAACAAGAUCUACUUCUAUGAGUUGCAGGUACAUCCGAACGUAACUAAGGUGCUGCGACAUUAUCAGCGUCUGGGUAUGGUGCACGUAACCCCGUUGACUCUACCAGGCGGACAACCUAAUGUGCCCGCCUUCCAGCACAUGUAUCUCACCAAGAAAACCAAUCACAAGCGGCAAAACGAGCUGAUACCCUACAAUGAUUGUCUGUACAAGCAUAUGUACGAGUACGAGUAUAUCGCACUGCUCGACGUCGACGAGGUGAUUAUGCCCGUGAAGGACGCGACCUGGCAAGAGCUGAUGCGUCGGGUGUUGCCCAAGGCCCUGCAAAUACGGAACGAGACUCGUGCCUCGUACAACGUCAGAAAUGUCUACUUCCUCGACGACCUACUGCACUCUCACGGUUACUUCAAGGACAUACCCAAGUACAUGCAUAUGCUUCAACACGUAUACCGCUCGAAAAACUUUACGAAACCAAACCAAUACAUCAAGUGCUUCCAUAACCCAGAACGAGUGGUCACUCUGCACAACCAUUUUCCGCUGGCGUGCCUGGGUGCCGGAUGCACCAGUUACCCCAUCGAGACCGAGGAUGCGCAGCUGCAACAUUAUCGCGCCGACUGCGUGCGAUCGCUGAAGAAAACUUGCGUGGAAUAUCGGGAGAACAGCGUGAUAGACACAACGAUAUGGCGUUACAAAGAUAAACUGAUCAGCAGGGUGACCGACACCUUAAAGACGCUCGGCUUCUUCGGACAGAGAUAGCGUCGACCCGAGCUUGAUCUUUCCAUUUUCUUACUCUCGUUUCUCUUUCCCAAGUGAAGAUUUGAUCGGUCGUCGCGAAAAGAAUGAAAAAAGGGCUGUGCGCGGAACGAGAAGUGAUGAAUCUAUCAGCGGGAGGUAAUUGCUGGUGGGACUUGAUCAGAGAUUUAAUCGAACAGAUAAUCGGGAUCGGUGUAACCAGUAAAGUGGAUUUAUUUCUGCGUGCAUAAGUGACAGCGUAAUAUUGCGACUUAUAUUUCUAUGUGUUGUAUGUGUGAGAAGAGUGUGGAUCGAUAAUCUUUAUUUGAUAAUACUAUAUCACUUCAUGCACAUCGCGUUUUGAGCAACAAGAUAUUUCAUCCUUAUUAAACAAGAUUAUCAAUCAAAAACAUUGUCGAUAUUUGAAUAAUCAUCGUUCACGAGUUAAUAUAGAAUUCUUCAUAUUAAAGUUUUUUAAGUAGAAUAACAUAUAUAUAUAUAUAUAUAUAUAUAUAUAUAUAUAUAUAUAUAUACACACACACAAAAAAACAAGAUUUAUAUCGAAAUUAAAUUUUUCUUUUACGCACGCAUAGCUUUCUCUAUCGAAGUUGAUUUAAAUCUAAUAAAAAAAUUAUUAAGUAAGGCCAUAUUUUAAAUCCUAGUAGAAUAAAGUCGCAAGCAAUAUACAUGAAAAAUUAUUAUGCUCAAUUUAUGUGAGUUCCAUUAACACAAUAAUUUUCAGGCAUUUAUUAGCCUGCGAAACAACAAUUAUCUCUAGGUCGAGCGUAAUUGCGAUUCGAUUUUAUAUUGGUAACGAAACAUAAAUUAUCGAUUCGAAUAGCAAAUCGAUCGGUCGAUUACGUUCGUCAAAAAAUUGCAGUAUUCUUUUUCUUUCUUCUUUUGUAAAUAAUUUUUUCUUAAGUCUUAUGUAUGCUCAAUAUGGAAUCUCAAGUCUGCGAUUGAUUUAUAGCCAUAGUGAAUAAGUGCAAUGUAUCGAUAAACAAAUUACAUUCGUUGCUACAUGUAAUUUUUUAUUUAGUAAGAACGCGGAGAGAUUUUCAAAAUUGCGAACUUUAACGAAUAGUAUAAAGAAAUUAUGUAUAAAAAAGAAAAGUAAAAUUAUUAGUUACAUGAUAUAAGUAUAUCACACUGUGAAACGUUAGAUCAACUAUGGUUAUAUUAUAAAUAUAUGAAAAUUGUUUUUAUAUAUCUAAUUUAAUAUGUGGAAAUAUUUGGAAUAUGGAAUGGUAAAAAGUAUUAACAUACCAUUCCGAUGACUGAAAUGCUGUGAGGUAUUAAAGACUACUUCUAGUCUUGAAUGAAUCUUGCACAAUCGCGAAGCAGUUUGAUUUUGAUAGGUUGUCGGAACGGGAAUAAAAAAUUAUUUCAGUCUUACUUGGCAAUAAAAAAAUAAAUUGAAAAUAACGAAAUAUUACAAUAUAUAACAUACAAUAUCUUAAUAUUUAUUUUAAUUUUGAUUGGUGAUUUAAAUAUUAAAUAAAACUUUCAAAGUAUCAUGGGCCAUAGCAUAUUCGUUAAUGAGAAUAUGAUAAAUAUGAUUGUUUCUGUCUCGAAAGUUUUUUUAACUGCUUCGUGAUUUUCGAAAACUUUUCUUUCUUAUGGUGAACCUCGAUCGCUCUCUGCACGAUGAAAAUCGAUCGCUUUUUAUUAUUUGACAUAAGCGACGCUUGUAAAAGCAAGAGGACGAUUCAUGUUUCACCAUGAGAUAUCGAUAUAUCAUAGGGACCAUUGUAGAUAAGAGUCAAUAAGAAUAAAAAAAGUCAAUUUGCAUGGCGCCAUUGGUCUAUAUACGCGAGAAUAAAAUAACAUCGUGUUUUCUUACGUGGAUUGUAUUUCAAACUGAAACGUUGGCAGAUAAAAUGGUAUCUUUUUUCAAUUUAAUAAAAUAUUGGUUUUUUUAUUUUCAUCCCUAUUUAAUGUAACAUAUAAUAAUAUGGAAUAUAGAGAUUAUUACAUGCUAUUAUAUAAUAAUAUGUCUCAUACAUACGUCCACAAUAGUAAUUACUUUUAGUGUUAAAUGUUAAAAAUGAAUAUCUCUUAGAGUGAACAAACGUGAGACAUUAAAUAAAGAUUACAAAUUGAUUACAUUAUUGAUCUGCUAACAUCAAUUUCAAAAAUAAAUGAAAGAAAUUAUUCUUUAAAUCUAACUAUAAGAAAAGUAGAGUAAAUUUUUUAAGUUUCUCGCGUGGCUAGUACUCGUGUGCUAUUUUAUAUGAUGAAAAUUGUUUGUUUGUUAUAUCCUCUGUCUUUAAAAUAAUCUCUGUUUGUAAGAUAAUAAAUUAGUGUACAAGAAAAUAUAAA